AUGUCAACAACAACAGGCGCAUUCAUUGCCGGCGGCAUUGCUGCUUGCGGAGCCGUCACCGCAACACAUCCUUUCGAAACCGUGAAGAUCAGGUUACAGCUCCAGGGAGAGCUACAGGCCAAGGAUGUUGCAGUGAGGAAAUACAGGGGUGUUUUCCACGGGGUUGGGGUCAUUUUAAAAAACGAAGGGCUGAAAGGGAUAUACCGAGGACUCGGAACUGCAUACAUCUACCAGAUCCUGCUGAAUGGCUGUCGAUUGGGAUUUUACGAGCCACUACGAGCGGCAUGCACCAAGCUCAUCUACAAGGACACCACUGUCCAGUCUCUGGGCAUCAACAUUUUCUCCGGCGCGGCUUCUGGUAUCUUAGGGGCCAUGGCAGGCUCACCUUUCUUCCUGGUCAAGACCCGACUGCAAUCAUACUCUCCCUCUUUGCCUGUAGGCACGCAGCAUAAAUACCGCAAUGCUUUCGACGGCCUCUCACAGAUAUACAAAGCAGAGGGCAUCAGAGGUCUAUACCGAGGCAUGGGCGCGUCGAUGGUCAGAACCGGAGCUGGAAGUUCAGUUCAGCUGCCGACAUAUUUUUUUGCGAAGAGACGCUUAAUACGCCAUUUUGGAAUGGAAGAUGGCCCAGCACUACAUUUGCUGAGCUCAACUGCCAGUGGCUUUGUUGUCUGUGUCUUUAUGCAUCCACCGGAUACCGUCAUGGCUCGAUUGUACAACCAACAUGGCAAUCUCUACAAUGGCAUAUUCGACUGCCUCUGGAAGACCAUCUCAACGGAAGGUAUUCUCAGUGUCUACAAGGGAUUCACUGCGCAUCUUGCUCGAAUAUUGCCGCACACGAUUCUCACGUUGUCGCUGGCAGAGCAGACCAACAAGCUCCUCUGA